AUGGAGUAUGUCAGAAAAAAGACAAAGCCAACGGCAGCAACUAGCCAGGGCAGUUUUGGCAUGUACUCAAGGGAGGUAAGUUUGUAUCGUGCGCAUCGCCUCGUACCACGAAUGGUGGGCAACGAAGAGUUCUGUGUCCUACCACAGGAACAUCCUAUGCACAAUGCGUUCAAGUCAUCAUCCAUAAUAUCCACCUUCUGCAACGGUGGAACACUCCAUCGCUUGAGCAAGGUGUUCUGUGAUGGACAUAAACUUAUCCCAGAGGCGCUUCUGUGGCAUCUUCUGGACCAAAUGCUCGAGGUACUUGGCUUCUUACACCGGGGCUACCCGUCUAUAUACCAUGCUGACAUACAUUUUGAGAACAUCUUCCUACAUUUUGCAGAUGACUCUCAGCAGUUUCCAGACUUCUACCUUGGAGAUUUUGGGCAAGCCCACAUGUUGGAUCAGUUCAUCUGGGAAGUCGGCCCAAAUCCAGCACGAAUGGCUCUGAACACUCGGACCGAUUGGAAGUUGUCUGCGGGUAUCUUCAGUGACAUGCGUAUGCUUAUCAAUACGGUCAAACACGCCAUCUUUGCUUCUCGAUGGGGAUUUAAAUCACAGUAUUCGCAUGUCGAAGAAGUGCAGGCUCUCGCAAAUAUUUCUCCUGAGUUCACGGCGGUGCUGGAACAGUUGAUGAAAGCCUCUGUCUUGAGGCAAGCUAUACCUCACCCCACACACGGUGACAACCAUCAAAGUGACCAUAGCGAACGCUAUGAGCAACUAAUUCGGAUUCGCCGAGCCGUGUCCAGAAAGGCUAAAGUGGUACGAUCUGCACUGGCCGAUCUACCCGAUCUGCAAUGGACCAGACCAGGUCGUUCUCAGGAGGACGCCGUCGCGGGAUCCCAUGAGAAGCUCCAGGGCUCCUACGAGCCUACACUAUUCUCAUCACGAGCUGAACUGCUGUCCCAGGCUGAAAGGAUUCCUGGGCCUUGGCGCAUUGCACGCGUCGAUGGCACUUCGAACAAGGUCUUGGGGGUGGAGAAGCUCACUUUCGGAUUCCAUCUGCCCCAUGUCUCCAGUAGAUGUUUGAACGGCUGUGACUGCAGAGUCCGAAGGCAGAAUGGCCAACGCGUCGCAUUCAAUUGGGAUGAUCACUGCAGAAUCCCCCAACUCGUGGAGACAGAGGUCGAUAGGAUCGGCAUGGACGCCCUUCGUGAAGAAGCUGGUACUAUCUUGCCAGGUAGUCCUGUGCCAGCGCACUUCGAACUCGAUCCUGAGUGGACUGCUGAGAGACUGGGGUCCGCGGCCGAACAUCCUAUGGACGAGAGCGUAUAA